AUGACAUGGGCCGAGUUUGAAACACUUUUUGAGGAUCAAUACUUUCCGGAGUCCUCCCGUGAUCAGUUGAGGGAUCAAUUCGAGAAGCUUGUGCAAGGUAAUAUGACCGUUUCUGAAUACACGAUGAAGUUCCAAUCCUUGUCACGAUUCGCUCCAGAGUUAGUGGCUACCGAGGAGAGAAAGUGCAGACGUUUUGAGAAGGGGUUACAUAACAUUGUGAGGAGGAUGGUAACGGUGCAACGGAAGACAAAGUAUGUUGAGGUUGUUGAGUGUGCAAGGAGUAUUGAGAUACCAAGGGAAGCACAGAGGAAUAGAAGAGUUUGGGAAUCAAGGCAACCAACCUUUACUGCUAGUUCUUCGGGGACUUUUGGGAGUCAGGGGAGGAAGCGAUCACGGGAAACAUCUUUUGCAACUCAGAAUUUUCGGUCGAAGGAGUGUUAUGUGUGUGGAGAGUUUAGCCAUCUAGCCAAGGAUUGUCCUCGUAGAGUAAGAAGUGCUCGUAGUGAGUCGGGUUCUGUGCAGCAGCCGGGGUCAGGGCAUGGGUUUGACCAGCAGUCAUUCAGGGGUACGCAGAGACAGCAACAACCACAUUUCCGUCAGACCACCAUCGUUCAGGGCUUUCAGAAUGAAAGGGGUGCUUGUUUUGAGUUCUUUGGGGAACGUUGGGAAUCGUUGGAGCCGUAUCUGUGUGGGUCUCGAGAGCGGGAGUCCAUUUAUUCUCUGUUGGCGAGUUUGACCCUUGAUGAGGAUGUGUCUGCGCGUGGGGAGUUGCCCCUCGUUGUUUGCGAUUUCCCGGAUGUGUUUCCGGAGGAGUUACUCGGUCUACCUCUUGAGAGAGAAGUUGAAUUUACUAUCGAGUUACUUCCUGGUACCGCACCAAUCUCCGUACCACCUUAUCAUUUUGCUCCCUCCGAACUUAGGGAAUUAAAGGUCCAGUUGCAGGAAUUAGAAGAUUUAGGGUUUAUUCGUCCGAGCACAUCUCCGUGGGGGGCACCGGCACUUUUUGCGCAGAAGAAAGAUGGUUCAUUUCGUUUGUAUAUUGAUUACCGUAAGCUCAACCGUGUCACCGUUAAGAAUAAGUAUCCAAUGCCUAGAAUCGACGACUUAUUUGAUCAACUUUGGGGUGCGACUUGUUUCUCAAUAAUCGAUUUGAGGUUCGGGUAUCAUCAAUUAAGAGUCCGAAGAGAGGAUAUUCCGAAAACCGCCUUUCGUACACGCUAUGGUCAUUACGAGUUUGUAGUUAUGCCUUUUGGGUUGACGAAUGCGCCGGCUACUUUCAUGGACUUAAUGAACCGUAUCUUCCGUGCUUACCUUGAUUGCUUCGUGGUCGUUUUUGUAGACGACAUUCUCAUAUACUCACCUUCGGUGGAGGAACACCAAUAUCAUCUCACUAUUGUUCUUGAACUCUUGAGAGAGCAUCGUUUGUAUGCUAAGCUUAGUAAGUCAACUGAAAAAUGUGUUCGAGAUUCGUAG